AUCGUCCAUUUGUAAGCUAACUAAAAACUUUCCCUCUCGUUCUUCCUUCAUGGAAACAAAAAUCCAAUAACCAUAACUCCAUUCGCUAACUUGCCGGCGCCACUGCGCGCACCGUCCGUUUCCUUUUCUUUCUCCGAGCUUUCUCUCUGCAAUGAGGUUACUUUUAGCUGUGUUAUUCGUUUGUGUUUUCCUUCUCUGGCUCUGCGUUACCGAAUCCGACUCGGCAGUGCAGAUCAAUGCAACACCCGAGUCGAAUGAGACGCGUUCGAGAUCCAGAGAGGACAGCUUCGCUAACAUGAUUGAUCGGGCUUUGGAGAAGGAGUUCAACGAGACGGACCAAAAUGAAUCCGCUGAUCCUGGUGGCUUCAAUAACAGCGUUACUGGACAGCAGGCAGUUUUGGAAACUGUUGCUAGAGUUAAGUCAAAGAAAAAUGACAGCAAGGAGGAGAAGUAUGUGCUUAUUCUUAACAAAAAAUCUUUUCAGUUUCAUGAUGUUUUCAAUUUGGACAAUGAGAAUCGAGUAGAGGAUAUGCCAACAUUGAUCGAUAGAAAGGAUAAUAUCUUUAUAAUCUCAAACCUAAAAUCCAAGUACCCUGUGUUGCAAUUAGAUUUAAGAUUGAUAUCAGAUCUGGUAGUCGUCAUUGUAUCUGCAACUUGUGGCGGCAUUGCAUUUGCCUUUGCUGGACAACCAGUUAUUACUGGAUAUCUGCUAGCAGGAUCUAUUAUUGGGCCUGGGGGCUUGAGCUUUGUCAGUGAAAUGGUGCAAGUUGAAACAGUAGCUCAGUUUGGUGUGGUAUUUCUUCUAUUUGCGUUGGGCCUAGAAUUCUCUGCAACAAAGCUUCGUGUUGUUCGAGCUGUUGCUGUUCUAGGUGGUCUUCUCCAGAUUUUCCUAUUUAUGUGCUUGUGUGGAAUAACAGUGUCGUUAUGUGGUGGCAAAUCUUCAGAGGGAGUGUUUGUUGGUGCUUUCCUGUCUAUGUCAUCUACUGCUGUGGUUUUGAAAUUUUUGAUGGAGAAGAAUAUUAUAAAUUCCCUUCAUGGUCAAGUCACUAUUGGCACCCUUGUCUUGCAGGAUUGUGCAGUUGGUUUGCUAUUUGCUUUGCUUCCUAUUCUCGGUGGCACUUCUGGUGUUCUCCAAGGAGUCAUAUCUAUGACUAAAUCGUUGGUACUUCUGGUAACAUUUUUGGUUGUCUUGACAAUAUUAUCGCGUACUUGUGUACCGUGGUUUCUAAAGCUUAUGAUAAGCCUAUCAUCGCAGACUAAUGAACUCUAUCAAUUGGCAUCAGUGGCUUUCUGCUUACUUGUGGCUUGGUGUAGUGAUAAGUUGGGUCUGAGCCUUGAACUGGGAUCUUUUGCUGCUGGAGUUAUGAUAUCAACAACUGAUCUUGCUCAACAUACACUUGAACAAGUUGAACCCAUUCGCAACUUCUUUGCGGCUCUCUUUCUUGCCAGCAUUGGGAUGCUAAUACAUGUUCAUUUCCUAUGGAAUCAUGUUGAUAUUUUACUGGCAGCUGUACUGUUGGUGAUUAUCAUAAAAACUGCUGUGGUUGCGACUGUUGUCAAGGGAUUUCGAUACAACAAUAAAACUUCACUUCUUGUUGGAAUGUCUCUGGCGCAAAUUGGGGAAUUUGCUUUUGUUCUCCUAAGUCGUGCUUCUAAUCUUCAUCUUGUCGAGGGUAAAUUUUAUUUGCUGCUGCUUGGAACAACAGCUUUGAGUUUGGUGACUACGCCAUUGCUUUUCAAGUUGAUUCCUGCUGUCAUUCAUCUUGGAGUACUAUUGCAUUGGUUUCCCCCUGAUAGUCCAAUGGAGAUUGGAUAUAAAGGAGAUAGCUUUGGCGCAGAUAGUGCUAAGUCUGUUACUUUGAUGGUCGAAGGCCCUCAUGAUUCAUGAUAUUAAGUAGAACAUGAAUCAUGGAAAUUUCAGCAUUUACCUGAUGGACUUCUUAUACUCUGGAGGACAGGUCCGAAAGAGCGCAAAGGAGGUUGACUGAUCAAACACCCUUUUUAUCAUAAAAAAGCUGUUCAUGUUGCCAAACUAACCAGCGAGGGUGGAUGAUAAAUCCAAUUGAGAUCAAGAAAUCAAGAGCUCUGUAGAUAUGCUUCAUACGCCAACAUAUUUCUAAAUUUUGUUCAGGUCACCUCUCUACUCUCCAAGAUGGCCUUUUUGUGUAAAAUAUCCAUUUUUGUAAUAUGACUUGAUUCAGUCUGCUUCUUUUUUCCUCCUCCCUUUGCUUAAUAAUUAGUUAAUUGUCUGUCUUUCCAUUUCAAUUUUUCCCUUAAAAUCCAAGGUGGUCACGAAACUUAUUAUAUUUUAAUUAUAAAUGUAAUGAUAACCACACCAAGUAAAUAAGAUCAAAUUUCAC